AUGGAUUACUCAAGGGAAAUAGAGGGGAAAAGGGUGCAUGAUCCCUACUGUAACUGGCCUAAUGACAAGAUUUUGAGGUCUCAACGACGCGUAUUGGUACCUGGGCCGGUUAUAGUGGGGGCCGGGCCUUCCGGCCUUGCUGCGGCAGCUUGUUUGAAGGAAAAAGGUGUACCGAGUCUUCUUUUAGAGAGAUCUAAUUGUAUAGCAUCUUUAUGGCAGCUCAAAACUUAUGAUCGGCUUAGGCUUCAUUUGCCUAAGGAAUUCUGCGAGCUUCCUUUGAUGCCAUUCCCGCAAGAAUUUCCUACAUACCCUACUAAACAGCAGUUCAUUCACUACUUGGAAUCAUAUGCUAAAAAGUUUGACAUUAGGCCUUUUUUCAACCAGAAAGUUUUGUGUGCAGAGUAUGAUCAGAAUCUCGGGUUUUGGCGAGUACGCGCAGCGGGGCUCAAGGACGAGGAGACCGAGUACGUCUGCCGGUGGCUAAUUGUGGCUACCGGAGAAAAUGCAGCGGAGGUGGUUCCGCAGAUUGAAGGAAUGGAUGAAUUUGGAGGGAUUAUAUUGCACACAAGCGGAUAUAAAAGUGGAGAUGUGUUUAAAGGGAAGAAAAUAUUGGUAGUUGGCUGUGGAAAUUCUGGAAUGGAAGUAUGUUUGGAUCUAUGCAAUCAUGACGCCAGCCCCUCUCUUGUGGUCAGAAAUGCAGUGCACAUUUUACCACAAGAAAUGCUGGGGAGAUCAACUUUCGGGCUGUCCAUGUGGUUACUCAAGUGGCUGCCAAUGCGUCUUGUCGAUCGGUUCCUAUUAGUCGUGUCCUGGCUUAUACUCGGGGACACAGGACGGUUUGGCCUCGACCGGCCUAACAUAGGCCCUCUCGAGUUAAAGAACAUAUCAGGGAAAACGCCGGUUUUGGACGUCGGAACCCUUGCCAAGAUCAAAAGUGGAGACAUCAAGGUAUGUCAAAGCAUUAAGAGAUUAAGGCAUCAAUAUGUGGAAUUUGUAGAUGGAAAAUCAGAAAAUUUUGAUGCAAUUAUCCUGGCAACUGGAUACAAAAGUAAUGUACCAUCUUGGCUAAAGGAAAGAGAGAUGUUUUCAGAGAAAGAUGGGCUACCAAAAAGACCAUUUCCAAAUGGCUGGAAAGGAGAAUGUGGGCUAUAUGCAAUAGGUUUUACCAAACGCGGCCUUCUUGGAGCAUCAAUGGAUGCUAAGAACAUUGCACAAGACAUUGAAACUUGUUGGAAAUCAAAUGCAAAGCAUUUUUCAGCCACGUUAAUUAAUUAA